GCGGAGGAGGGGAGGCGGCGGCGGCGGCUGCAGCAUCCAGAGCUGGCCGUGGCGGCCGGCACACCCCGCGCACAAAGGCGCCCAGACCCUGGGGAAGGCGAUGAGCGUACUGCAGCCCGGGCCCCAGAUGCAGGCGCCGCCGUGUGCGCCCGGUGCUCUGGGGAAGACGCUGGGCACGCCGGGGGUCGGCGGCCGAGGUUCGGCCCGUGCGCCCUGAGCGCGGGAUUCGCUGCCCUCCAGGUCAGGCGCCAAGCUCCGGAGCGGCUAGAGCGCGGGCCUCGGCGCGCCCCCAGGAUCGGCGCGGAGAGGCGCUUUCCCCACUCUGCACCCGACUCCAGGCGUCCUCUCUCGCAGCGCCUGAGCGCCAACUUCGCCAAGAACGCUCCCAACUCCAGGCCACCCUGCUGGGCAGAGCGGGCGCUGCUGCCGGGCACCAGCGGUGAAGACGCGCCGCUGGCUCUCCGGAGGAAGCCAGCAUCUGCAGGGCUGCUUGGGCGCCCCGGAGUGGGCAGCGGAGGCAGCAGACGUCUCUCCUGCGAGCCCGGGACCUGCCAGUGCUGGGGAUUCCUCCCGGGUGGCGCUCGCCCUCUCUUUUAUGGAGCUUGGGCCCCUGCCACAGCCCGGUAGAGGCUGUGGAGGUCGACAGUCCGGAACUCCCUGUCCCGAGGUCCACCCCGGGCCGUGGGGAGUGGAAGUUCCCGCGAGGUAGCGGUGGCCUGCAGCGGCCCCCUCCGCACGGCGAGCCAUGGGCCAGAAGCUCUCGGGCGGCCUCAAGUCGGUGGAUGUGCGCGAGCCCGCGCUGCGGCCGGCCAAGCGCGAGCUGCGGGGCGCAGAGGCGGGGCGGCCCGCGCGGCUGGACCAGCUGCUGGACAUGCCGGCCGCGGGCUCCGCGGUGCAGCUGCGGCACGCGUGGAACCCGGAGGACCGCUCGCUCAACGUCUUCGUCAAGGACGACGACCGGCUCACCUUCCACCGGCACCCGGUGGCGCAGAGCACGGACGGCAUCCGCGGCAAGGUGGGCCACGCGCGAGGCCUGCACGCCUGGCAGAUCGACUGGCCGGCGCGGCAGCGCGGCACGCACGCGGUGGUGGGGGUGGCCACGGCGCGCGCCCCGCUGCACUCGGUGGGCUACACGGCGCUGGUGGGCAGUGACGUCGAGUCCUGGGGCUGGGACCUGGGCCGCAGCCGCCUCUACCACGAUGGCAAGAACCGGCCCGGCGUGGCCUACCCGUCCUUUCUGGGUCCCGACGAGGCCUUUGCACUGCCCGACUCGCUGCUAGUUGUGCUGGACAUGGACGAGGGCACACUCAGCUUCAUCGUGGAUGGCCAGUACCUGGGCGUGGCCUUCCGUGGCCUCAAGGGCAAGAAGCUGUACCCGGUGGUGAGUGCCGUCUGGGGCCACUGCGAAGUCACCAUGCGCUACAUCAAUGGCCUUGAUCCUGAGCCCCUGCCGCUCAUGGACCUGUGCAGGAGAUCUGUCCGCGCCGCCCUGGGCCGCCAGCGCCUGCGGGACAUCAGCUCCCUGCCCUUGCCUCAAUCUCUCAAAAACUAUCUGCAGUACCAGUGAGCUGGAUGCCGAAGGACAGUGGACACCCACAGGUGCAGGGCUGCCUGUCACGCAUGGUCACACAGCCCAUUUGGAAAGGGGUCUUCCAGGGCUCCCAGGACGCAGGGCCAACCAGAGAAAGGCAGCCCUCCCAAGCCCAACGCCCCCUUGGAAGCCACGGGGCCCUGGCACCUCAGCUGUGGCACCUGCCGCAGCUUUGUAUUGCUCAGAGAAGCUGCUUCCUUUUCAAGAGAAUGAAUAAAACAUUGCGACCGGAAACUUUCUGUGGUGUGGCCAUCGCAGACAGGGCCAGGGAGACUUGGCCUGCUGGGGGAGAAAACUGCCUCUGCAUAAUGGAUGAAGAAAGCAGAUCAUUGCCCAUCUUCUACCCCUGGCAAGGACAGCAAGACUAUGAUGCCAUCUUAGGACUUUGUGCCACUUUGAGAAGCUCUUCCCCAGGGACGCCCAACAGCAGAACUGGCGAGUGGAGGAAGCAAUGUUUAGACACCUGAGGCUUACCUCUCUGGACAUCGCCUCCUCCACUCUCCUCCCCAGACCCUGACGGAGUCCGCCCCCACCCGGCCCCUUCUAUUCAGGGAGAGGAGUCUAAUUGACUCACCCCAGGGACAGAGUUUAUCCUUAAUUAUUACGUUUUUUAAGUAGCGUUUGCAUUUUAAGAGUUGGGGAGGGCAGUCCUUAGUCCAAAGGUGCUAAUGGGAGUCUGGGGUGGAGGCGCUGUGACAUCCAGGCUGAAGCUGCAGAGGCCAGCAAGCCCUCCUGGAGUGUGGGGGCUUCUGGGCAGCUGUCCUUGCAGGGUGCAGCCUGGCUGUCACAAAGCUGUCUUUGAGAGAAUUAUUUUUUCACUUUAGGAGACUUCCCCAUGUUUGUUUCCUGUUGAAAUGUGUGUGUGUGACAUGCUGUUUAUUUAUCACCUUGGGGCCAAGCCGGUGGCCUUGUAACUGGAAGGGUGGAUGUGGGAAACACCUUCUCCACCCCGCAAGCCUGGUCCUCUCACCAAACUAUGCUGCUUCUACUGCUGCUGCCACCACCACCAUUUGGCAUCCGUUGUGCGUUUUGGAUGCGCUCCACCCAGACUCCCUUGUAACUGGAAAUCAUCACAGCAGUGGGAUCCCAGAGCCCCAGACGGCACUGCCUCUCCCCACGUUAAUGUGAAUUUGACCGAUGAAUGAGGAGCGUUUCUAAUAAAG